GAAGUUUUGACACAAGAUGGCGUUGUAUGUGCUUUCAAAAACCUAAUCGGCCAUCAUUGUGAAGGCGAUUCUAUUGAAUACUUUGUGGAUUUUUACGUUUUCUGUGAUAAUUAUCGGCGAAAUAUAAAGUUUUAUUUGGUAAGAUACAGUGCCCAGUAGUUCGGCAACUGAAUCUGAACUUCAAUUUGUGCUUGAAGUGCUUAAUUUCAAAACCUAAAUGCGUUCAAAAUGUCACGCGAAGUGAGCAUCAAAAUCGUGAACACCAUACCAUGCACUAAAUAAUCUUCGUUUUCUUUGGAUUAAGUGUAUAUUACAUUUGAAAAAGUAUCUGUACACGUCGUAAGGGAACGCAGUUACGCGGGCGAAGGCUUCAAACUUGCCGGCAUCAUUAUGGUGGACUGAAGAAGUGUUUGUUGACGGAUUGGUGUUAAAUACGUGUAGUAAACAGUGCCGCUAGAGAGCCGCGUACCAUGUCGGGCGGCUCGCAGCACAACCCCAAUGGUCGACAGUCGCAGCUGGGCUCAGGAUGGAGCCCCCUGCAGUUACAGAUGGCGAACUUAUUGGCGCGAGCGCCGCAGGCUCACAUGGCGUCGGACCGCGGCGUGACGUGGCACACCCCCACCCCGCCUCCCCACCUCUACCAUGUACCGGCGCCCUCGCCCCCCGACCCCCUUCAGGGUCUGUUGCAAUUGCAGGCGUUAAAGUCGGCCAGUGCGAACUCUGUGUUCCGACAUACUGCCACCCCGCCCGAGCUCUACAGGCACACACCCACCCCACCAGACAAACAUCACAUGAGACAUACUCCAUCCCCGGGCGACAUCAAGGCGAGUGCGGCGUUACCACCAGUAGACUUAUAUCAACAUUUGGCACCAUCGAGAGCAGAUAAGAUGCGCGCGGAGGAGCUGAUGGCGUACACGCGAGUGGGCGUGGACCUGUCGCUCGGCGGCGGGCGCGCGGCCAACGGCGCGGCGACGUCGCCGGCGCCGGGCGGGGCGGGCGCGGGCGGCGGGCUGGCGGGCGCGGGUGGCGGGCUGGCAGGCCCGGGCGGGCUGGCGGGCGCGGGCGGGCUGUCGGUGCGCGACGCGCCGACCAUCAACAGCCUGAUCGCGCGGCGCCACCUGCCGCACGCGCGCGUCGACGCGCUGCUGGAGCGCCUGGCGCCCUCGCCCGUCUCGCCGCACUCCGUCAUCGUGCACUCGCGCGCCGCGCCCACGCCCUCGCCGCCCUCCUCCAACGAGGACUCCGCGGACUCAUGUGGCGCUCCACCAGGCUCCAAAAGGAAACGCAAGCCAGAACGCACUAUACGUGUAACGGCCGCGCCCCCGCCCCCGGCGCCACCCGCGCCCUCGCCCGCGCCUCCCGCGCCCUCGGCCGUACCUCCCUCCGCUAGCCCCGCGGGCCCCGGCGCGACUGUCCCUCGAGAGAAUGGCGAGGCGCACGGCACCAGCGACGUGGCGGAACUACGGCCCGCCUCGCCGCGCCCCGACCAGCCGCACGCUAGAAGAAAAACACGCUCCGGCUCCGCUGAAACGAUAGACGACAUCGCCGCCAUGAUCGCAGACACAGACAGCGCGCCGGUCGCCGUCCCCGCGCCCGUGGCACCCUCCUCCCCCGCCGCCGCCGUCACCGUGGACAAGCUGCGCAGCGUCUUGGCCAGCCCGGAGGCGGCGCGCGCGGACUCCGCGCCCGACCCCGACCCAGCGCCCGCCGAGGCCCCCGGCGAGCCCGCCGCUCCUGCUGCGCCGGCGCCCCCUGCGCCCCCGGCGGCGCCCGCGCCCCCCGCGGCGGCCGCAGAGCCUGCGCCCCCGCCGGCGCCGGCCGCCGCCCCGCGUCGUCGGAGUGCGCGUACGUCAAACCCCGAAGCCCCCAACGUCCCCGUGGAAUCUCCUUCAGAAGGCAAACCGGCCGAGCCCGAGGCGAGUGACGCGCGCACUGCCGAACCGGCCGCCGUCAGUUUCGUGGAGGUGGAGAACCAGUUAGAAAAAAUGUUCGCGGGGCUGGAGGAGGAGCCGCUCGGGCGGGACGCGGACGAGGCCGCGGCCCCCAGCUCGGCGGGGUCGGGCUCCGCCGCCGCCUCCGCCGUCGCGCGCAAGCGGCGUCGCUCGGCCCCCGCACGCUCCGACCGCGCCCAGAAGGGACAGCGGAAGAAGGCAGACACCAGACGGCCACGCAAGGGGCCGCGCGACGCCGCCCGCGACGCGUACGACUCCGGUAGCAACGCCAGCUCUAGCAAGUCGCGGGGUCCUUACAUACAGAUACGCGGGCCGCGCGACUCUCCGCUGUCAGUGAGCGUGAUGAACACGUCGGCCGCCGGCGGGGAGGAGGAGGAGUCGGGCGCGCGGCGCAAGGCCGGGGAGGAGUUCCGCAACGGAGUGCGCGGCCUGCGCGGCCUGCACGCCUCCACGCUGGGGCUGCGCUACGACGCCAGCACGCCCGACGCCACCUGGCUCUGCGCCUUCUGCCAGCGCGGCCCGCACGCCGCCUCGCUCGGAGACCUCUUCGGGCCCUACACGCUCGACAACGAUUGCGACGAGUAUAGGGCGCUGGACGAGGCGACGCGGCGGCGCUACGCGUCGGACGAGGUGUGGCUGCACGAGGCGUGCGGCGUGUGGGCGCCCGGGCUGCUGGCGGCGGGCGCGCGCGUGUGGGGGCUGGGGCCCGCCGUCUGGGCCGCGCGCGCCUCGCGCUGCGCCGUCUGCGGCGCGGCCGGCGCGGCGCUGGCGUGCGCGGCGCGCGCGUGCCGGGCGCGGGCGCACGAGCCGUGCGCGCGCCACGCGGCGUGGUGCCUGCACGACGCGGCCCUGCGCGCGCUCUGUCCGCGCCACGCGCCGCUAUAG